CUGCAUCAGCUGGUGUCUGACGAGAAUAACCGUCACCGGGGACGAAAUUAAAUUAAUUUUAACCGAGACAUACCGCUACUUUUUGCCCCAAAUUUAGCCUGCUCUACCUAAGCCACAUCGCUCAUAUACUAACCGUACUUUCUUUGGCUUCCAGGUUGAAGGAGGAUCAGCAAGCAUGUUCUACACCUGUGGUCCCAACGAGGCUAUGGUGGUGUCAGGGCUGUGUCGUUCUCCCCCACUGAUGAUACCUGGAGGCCGAGUGUUCGUCAUCCCGUGCAUCCAGAAGUUACAGAGGAUUUCCCUGAACACUCUGACUCUGAAUGUGAAGAGCGAUAAAGUGUACACCCGCCAUGGGGUGCCCAUCUCUGUCACUGGGAUAGCCCAGAUGAAGAUCCAGGGUCAGAAUAAACAGAUGCUGGCCGCAGCAUGCCAAAUGUUCAUGGGGAAGUCAGAGGCCGAGAUCGCUCAGAUCGCCUUGGAGACGCUGGAGGGCCACCAGCGGGCCAUCAUCGCCCACCUGACCGUCGAGGAGAUCUACAAGGACAGAAAGAAGUUCUCAGAGCAGGUUUUUAAGGUGGCUUCCUCUGACCUGGUCAACAUGGGUAUCAGCGUGGUCAGCUACACGCUCAAAGAUGUUCAUGAUGACCAGGAUUAUCUGCAUUCACUGGGGAAAGCUCGAACUGCCCAGGUUCAGAAAGACGCUCGCAUUGGAGAGGCCAAGAACAAGAGAGAUGCUGUGAUCAGGGAGGCCCAUGCAAUGCAGGAGAAAGUCUCGGCUCAGUACAAGAAUGAGAUCGACAUGGCAAAGGCCCAGAGGGACUACGAGCUGAAGAAGGCAGCCUAUGACAUCGAGGUCAACACAAAGAAGGCGGAGUCAGAGAUGGCCUAUCAGCUGCAGGUAGCAAAGACGAAGCAGCGUAUCGAGGAGGAGAGGAUGCAGGUCCAGGUGGUCGAGCGGACGCAGCAAAUCACACUGCAGGAGCAGGAGAUCACCCGCAGGGAGAAGGAGCUGGAGGCCAAGGUGAAGAAACCUGCAGAGGCUGAGAGGUACCGCCUGGAGAAACUGGCUGAGGCUCAGCGUCUUAAGUUGAUCAUGGAGGCUGAGGCCGAAGCUGAGUCCAUCAGGAUUAAAGGUGAGGCUGAGGCGUUUGCAGUGGAGGCCAAGGGUCGAGCUGAGGCGGAGCAGAUGGCGAAGAAAGCGGAGGCCUUCCAGCAGUACAAGGAUGGAGCCAUGGUGGACAUGCUGCUGGAGAAACUGCCUCUGAUGGCAGAAGAGAUUAGCAAGCCUCUGUGUGGGGCCAACAAGGUGACCAUGGUGUCCAGUGGAGGAGGCGAGGUGGGUGCAGCCAAACUGUCAGGAGAGGUGCUGGACAUCAUGCUCCGCCUCCCCGAGGCCGUGGAGAAACUGACUGGAGUCAGCAUCUCCCAGGUGACCUCUAACACAGAGUGAAGCGAAUCAACCAGUCUGGUUACCAGGCAGAUCCAUUCUUCUUUGCAUGAGUCUGCUAACACUAAUAACCUUUCUCCUCUGCUCUAAUUUCUGUCUUACAUCAUCUGUAUAGCCGUUUCCCUUCCUGUAGCUCUGUCGACAUCUUACUGUGAUGUUUCUGUGUUGUAACGUACACUUUUUUAAUGUUUGUCUGUUUAUGUUUUUCGGUCACUGAUACUGAGGUCUGUCUGGGCUAAAGUAGUGCUCUUCUGGCUACAGUUACAGUUGCUAUUUCAGUUUUUUGUUUUCAUAUAGUCCACUGAUACUGCAUUAUAAUCAGCAUUAACAAAAAGCAUUCAAAUUACAAAACUUGCCACGUGUUUUCUUUUCAAGAUUUAGGCCUUUGAUUUAAUUUACAUUGGCUUGACUACAUUUUAAAAUGCAGCAUAACAAGCAACAAAUGUAACUGUAGCCUCUGUGUAACCCAUAAGUUGUAAAUGUUCACUUUGUCUUAACAGUCUUCUGUCUUUUCCUACCUUCUUCUUUCUGCACUGUCAAGUUUUGUGUGUCUGUGUCACACUAAUGAGAAAGUCUGUGUCUGUGUCUAUCCUAAAUGUCUCCUCCAUAACUGCCUGUUCACUGCCUUGCUGCCAAACCUUAAGUGCAUCUUAACAAGAACGUUUAACAUGCAUUCAAAAACUUAAUUUACUAAAGCUACUAACAUUACGAGACUGGACAUUAUUAGACCAACACCACAGCCUGUGGUUUUAGCAUCACCCAUUUCUCACCAUGUGAUUCUGACUGAACUCAUCAAGGAAGAGUUAUCAUAUCAUCAAUCCUUUAAAAGUCUUUAAACAGGGUUUCCACGGUUACGGAGAAGCUGAAAAAGUUACAGAACUCCAAUAUCUUGUUUUUCAGGCCUGGAAAAGUCGUGAAAUUAGUAAAAUCGCUUAAAGUUUUUGAAGAGUCAUGGAGUUAGUAAAAUCAUGGAUAGUUUUGGAAAAGUCAUGGAAAAUAAAAUCAAAUAAAAAUUCAUUGUUACAGUAAUCUUUUGCGGAUAACCUUCCACAUAAUGUAGCAUAAUGGCGAAUGAAGGAAGAAGCUUCUUGGAUGAGAGGCGAGACAUCUUCAAGAAACGCAAGCAAGUCCAGUUGCUUACGAUAUAGCACUUACGAUUACAUGACCUGAAUGACUGAGAAUCUUCACCGACAUAAUGGCGAAUGUUUUUUCUGUAGCUGUUGAUGUAACGAAGCCCUUAUAUGCGCCGUUGCAUGACAUUUUGCUCGCCCUCCAUGUUUGCCAGCUAGCAGGAAUUUUUUUUGAAUAGAAUAAUGUGGUGCCAGUGUGAUCUGACAUAGCAGGUAAUGAAUCCCAAAGUUUUCAUACCAAUGCCCUACUUAUACUUUUUAAAUUAUACCGCAUUUUUGAAAUUGCAUGGGCAGCCAAGGGCGUUCAAUUGUCACGUGCCAGUGCACACUUUGCUUUCAUGUUUACUGCUCUGAAAAUAGAGCGUGGUAGUUCGAAGGUGCAGAGCAUUCUUUUUUCCGAACAAAUUAACCAAUGGGCCAACCAAACUGUCGGCUGUCACUCCCCCACUCUGGGAGCUCUACUGCUCCCUGUCCACAGAAUUAUAGUAAUAAUAAUAUAAUUAACAUUUGGAGUAAAGUGUACUAUACAGAACUGUUCAUGUUAUAUGUUGUGAAUGGCCAUGAAAAUGUGUGGGAACCCUGUUUAAAGUUGUCAUGGAUGGUUGCAAACUAACAGGUAAUCCAAACUGUAAUCUGUAAAUCUGAUGCCUUUCUCAAUCAACACUAACAUCUUCUGAUCUUGUCCUGCUUAAUCAGGGUUAACAUUUUGAGGAUUCUGGAAAAAUAAAUAACUUAAGGACCCUUUGCUUAAGGCAUACCACUAUAAAACAACAUCAAAUAUUUAAAACCUGUGCAGGAGCCCCAUACCACAAUUAUCUCAAUUACUGUAUGCAAAACUAUUAGCAAAUGUUGUGCAGGUCCACUAACCCAUCUUUAGCUCACUAACUUACGCUUACUAACCAUUUCCGCAACAAACAUGUCGGGUUCUCUAACUGAUAGUUUGAUAUCUAUCAUCAAAGCAAUGCAAUGAUCACUUCAGACCUCACGGCCCUUUCUACUGGAUGCUUACAGUGUUGGCAAUUCAGGAAAUUCGGCUCAAUUUACUCUGAACCUCAGUGUAUGUCUAUCUAGACAACAGAAUAUAGUACGUACAAUUUUUGAAUAUAAAAAUGUAUGUUACAAGAGAAUGUGAAAGCUUUUGAUUUAAAGUUCAUGAUCGAGCAAAAUAAGAAUUUAUAAUUUCUUGUCAUACUCUGAUGCUGUAAUGACCACCGUGGUUAAAGUCCCUUAUCUCUGUCCAUCAUUAACACUAGGUCCACAGGUCAGGACACUUGAACAAAACAGAUGUAGGCUAAAACAAGAGCUUGACCGUGGAUCUUUUGGUUCAGGUUCACUUGAGAUUUUGCCACCUUGCUGACCAGUAAUACACACACUCUACUAGAUGUAUACCUAAAGUAAAACGGUACUGUUUGUGUUAUUAUGACAAGCCAUGUAGCAGCUCUCAUAAAAGUGUAGCUUGUGGAAGUAAAGGGAAAUGUGGUGUGAAGUAUAGCUUUAACCUUCUAUUGUAGCAAUGGGAAUACUACAGUGUCAUUUUGAGAUAACUGUAUUGAAAUGCUGAACUAUGUAUCAUUAUUAUUAUUUUUUUUUAUGAGAGCCUAACAUGAAGAGGUAUGCAGAUGCUGAACAGUCAGUGAGAUUACUUAUUGUCAGAUGAUGCCAGCGUUUACUGCAGGGAAAGGGAAAGGCUUUUAUCAGAUUGGUGGUCAGAAAUGGACAAAUUAAGACGUUGGAUCAUUUAUUUAUUUUCUUCACCUCACUCUAGUCAAUCUUGCUGUAUUGUGUACUUAUUUAACUUAUUUAUUAUUAUGAUAAAGUUAAUACCAAACAAGCCAUUGUAAGGAAUUGAAAAUCUCUCGCACAGUAAUUUCUCAUCUUGGAGUCAGUGCACCCAGAAUGAUAAGCCAGUGAAGGUUUAGGAGCUAACUUUGAGUAUUGGUUCCUAAAAAUAGUUCCAGCUUGCCUUAUACCAUAACCCUAUCCUACUGUCACCCUCCACCUAUAACCUCUGGGGCUGGGUAUUCAAAACAUGUUUUAUCUUUUGUUGUAUUAGCAUAAAAAGAAAACAUUAAAGGGACCCCCCACACACAACACACACACACACACACACACACACACACACACACACAAAAACAUAAAAAUACAUACUUUUCGUCUUACCUGUAGUGCUACUUAUUUAUCUAGACAUUUUAGUGAGUUGCCAAUUGUUGGAGAUAUUGGCUGUAAAGAUGCCAGCCUUCUCUCCAAUAUAACGGACCUAGAUGGCACUCAGCUUGUGGUGCUCAAAGCGCCAGAAAAAGGGUUAGAAAACUCAACACCCGUGUCUCUUACCAGAGAUCAUGACCCGCUCACUCAAGAUAAUCCACAGACCUUUUUGUGAGCAGUUUCAUGUAGGAACUAUAUUGUCUCUUUCUAUUACCAUGCAGAAGGAAGUGUGCAUCUACUCAUUAGCCCUUUUUAGAUAGGAAUUGUGCAAAUUUGCAGGAAAGCCCAAUCAGUCUUUUUUCAGCAUUGACAGUUUAAAAACAAAUUGGGGAGUGCAGCAAAAUCCCGCCUACCUACUUUUGUUUAAAUACAGAAUGUGCCUUUUUUAGGGCAAUGGGGGCGUGAGCAAGUAACAAAAUGUGUAGCUCAGCGUGUGACGUAAACAGUGACGUGGGAGGGAAGCCGCGGCUAGUCAGUCUGUCUGCAAUUCUCUCGUAAAUCGGCCCAUUCUUCACCGUUCCCGUCAUCUGACGGUUAAUGGCCUCUUAAUUUGCAAGUGCAAGGAGGGCGCGCAAUUCCUUGUCUCCUCAGUUGCUCAUCUUUACAGUGUCUGUCAGGUUUGCGUUUCCCUCUUGCUACUAGCUGCUCGCUAAUUCCUGCUAUCAGCGUUUCCUGUUUAUCCACCGCCAGUGGCUCGCACGUGCGGCGUCAUCAACAGCUCCUCCCACAAGUCUUCAACAGCCCCUCCCAUUGCAGGAAGGCUGCCUCGGUCUGUUUAAACCAAAAAGGUUCCACCAAUAUGACUACACUAUGAGGCGGAAAAUUGGGCACCUCGGAUCAGCUAAUCUGGCCCUGUGUGUCUAAACACUCGCAGCUUGCCGGCAAAACGGCCCAACAUUCGCGGAAAAUCUGGCAGUGUAAAAGGGGCUAUUGAAAAGAGGCUCCUGCUCUUGACAGUGCAGUGCAUGAGAAUGUUAAUGGUGCCCUCCUCGGUUGAGGUGUAACGUUAGCUAUCUAAAUGGUACUGGUUGAGCUAGCAGUAGAUGCACACUUCUUUCGGCGUGAUGAUACAGUUGGUGUAGUUGGAUAGAAAUAAAAUAGUUACUAUAGAUUGCACUACACGAAACAGGAAAGAUACGUAUUUUGGUAUUUUUUAAGAAUCUUACAAUAAAAACAUUGAUUGCUUUUCUUUAAAAUUAGAAAAUUAAUUGCACGUUUGGUUUUGUUUGUCUGAGCUGUAUGACAGCAAUGACUUUAGCCAACAAUGGUCAUCUCUUUUCCCUCAAUGGUACCCAACCUGAACACCUCAUUAUAUGUCUGUUUGUGACUUUGUUCUCUGCACUGUUGAUUACAGUACAGCCAAAUGUAUUAAAAUGGCUUUCUGAAGGUACGUUUAUUUAUUUGAAGGUUAGUACUACUGUUUAAAUGCAUGCAUCUACCUGUCACACUUUAACUGCAAUUUAAUCUUGGAAAACACAUUUUCAGUCAGGAUGCUAUAUGCUACUUUACUGUGGAAUCACCAAAGUAGGAGGAGAUGGAUCGGAUAGUUAUAGAAAAGGAAAUGUAUCUUGGUACCUCUGUGAUAUUUAAAGUGUAAUGAUGUAAUGAUACUCAAAGUUACACUACGUAUGGAUAUAGAUGUAUUUCUAUAGUAUAUACUGUAUAUUUGAUAUUUACAGGAUCAGUGUAGCACUGUUGGUUUCCCAAGUCACCAUGAAGAACUCUACUAACUCACUAACAGCAGUGUUUCAUUAUAAACGUAUUCAAGCUACAAUCAGUAUAGUAGAGUUUUCUGUAUUAUUUCAACUCACUGGUGAAGUUCUGCCAAGGAAGAUACCACUCUGUUGCUUUUUAAUUAGUGUCUGUGCACUUUAAGAAAUUCGUGUCUGUAGGAAAAUGUUAUUCUGCAAACCUGUACACAAUAAAGUUGUCAUUAAAUUGCAAAAGGGAAACCAUGUAUAUCCUUUACUGUUUUUCCUGUAUUUUACUGCUAUGUGUUACUUAUAAAUCUUUACUCCUGUAUUAUUUCUGUUUACACAUCUUAUUUGUGCAUGUUUUUUGACUGAUUUGCUCCACUUUUUAUUUGUUUUGCAUCACUGGAUAAGUUGUCUUGCUUUUGAAUAGUCAAUUAGUCAACAACAAAAAAGGACCCUGCAUGAGGAAGUCCUAAUAAACUUUGUUUCUUCUCAA